AUGUUUGAGGUGUUAGCAGAUCAUGCCAUAAACUUGUCUGGAGGUUGGUCUCUAUUUCAGAGCAGUGGUUCAACGCUUGAUCACAAGAUGCGAGGCUCCCGAAACUCAAGAAGUCCGGCAUUACAUUCUGAGUCCGGCAUUACAUGCUUGAGUUGGGAAGUCGAAGACACAACUACCAAGUACGGAGGUCCCAGCAACUGGGUAGUCCUACACGGAGCCACAUUGAUUGAAGCCCCGGCACAAGACUCAUUGCUAAGACCUCCGUAUCGUUUUUUGAUCCGGGAUUGUCAAACAUGGGAUAUACCUAACCCCAAGUUUCUCCGCAUCAUGAAGCAUGGCUUGCAGGCUCAUCCCUACGCUCUCCACGUGUGGCGUGUCGGCACACCUAUGGCAUACCCUGAGAAGAAAGCUAUUGUUAUCACCCCGACGACGAGUCACUCCGUGCCUCGAUUAUCAUUGGGCAUGGCUCCGAACGACCCGUAUAGACGUCGCAAGGCGCUCCUCGGAGGCAAGGAACGCGUCCUGAUUGCAUGGCCUUGUUCGCUGCAUGAGUCGUAG